UGUAAACGACUCAACAGACUUUAACCUCCCUUGUCCAUAUAAAUACACUCUACACUUCUCUCUUAGCAAUCCUCACUGACUUGCUCUCUUUCUUGUUUUUUGCUUUACUCUCUUUCUUUUUCUCCCUUUCUGUGGUGUCUACAGAGUUUUGAUCUACAAUGGCCGGGAAGAGCUUCGUCACCUUGAUGAUUUUCGCUCUCUUUGCCUGUUCCGCUCUAGCUCAGGCCCCUGGAGCCGCUCCCGCUGCUUCACCGAGGAAGUCACCUACUGCUGCACCGGCUCCCAAGACUACUGCAACUCCAACUCCUGCUCCGGUACAAGCUCCGACACAAUCUCCACCUGCCUCGGCUCCAACUCCUACUACAACUAAUGUCCCCGAGGCAGCCCCAACCUCGUCUCCUACCAGCUCGCCUCCUGCUCCUUCGGCUCUCACUCCUAGCUCAGGUCCAUCAGUAGCACUUCCUCCGAGCGGAGUUUUGCCUCCUUCCGCUGAUACUCCGUCACAGGUUCCUCCAAGCGGUGCUGUUUUGAAUAGAAGCGGUGCUGCUUUGGCGGUUGUUGGAGCGGCUUGUUUGUGGUCUUUGUUGCUGUAGAUCUGAUCUCAGCUUUAUAGUCAGUUGCUGAUGUAUGAGUUCAUUUGGUAGGAUUUUUUCUUUUUUAAUUUUUUUUAUUUUACUGCCUAUAUGAAGGGUGGUGAUGGCCACUUUUCGUUAUCUAGACAGUUUAGGUUUAAUUUCUAUCUUAUUUAUUGUUAUUAUUGGUGAUUAUUAUGGAUUCUUUUUCUCCU